CGGUAGUUUUGAGUGAUUUGUGACUUUUCCUCCAUAAACCUUCUGAUAAACCUGCCAGCAUGCGGUUUCGAGCGAAGAUUGUGGACAUCAAUUGCAUCCAACAUUUCACGCGUAAGUAGUGUGACUUUUUCUUUAAUGUUUGUCCGGGUAAAAGUAACUUCGGGAGUACAAAUCAGUAAGCUAACUACGUAAGACAAGAUUUCCUACUCUCGCAAAUCCCCAUAGAAAAGUAAAGUAUAACAUUAAUAAGGAUUUUUUUUUCUACCAAUAAUGCAUCAGAAUGCAUGAGAUUGUUAGACUUUCAACUGAAUGAUUUUUGAAUGUCGGAUAUUAUUUGAACUGUGGGACCGGGUGAAGAAAUGAAAGCAGGGAAGAUUGUCACUCUAUAGUUAUAUUAGGGGUCAUCGACGUAUUCACCUGGGUAAAAUUCCAACAAGUGACAAGGCCUUGAAACAGCAACAUAAAACCAGAUGAAAUGACCGCAAAUGACAUAAAGAUGGGUAAAACACCAUCAGCUAGAUAUCUUACCUCGCAAAAUGCUACUUGGAAUGUAAUUAUUUCUGUCAGCAGCAAUUGUUGUAUUCAUGCAACACGUUUAUGUAACCAUUUGAAGAAUUCAAUUUUGAACUUUGUAUGGACUGUUGUUCUGAAGCUUUUUAUCUCUUAAAGCUUCAGUCUUGACUAGAAAUUUUUGAAAGUAUUAGUUUUUUAGCAGAGCUGAAAGAAAAAGAAAAGUCACUGUGAAACUUUAAAUGGAAAAGAUUAUUUAAAAAAUAAAUUAAACAUCAUUCCCUGUAAAUCAAAAAUAUGCAAAAAUAAUGUAGAAUUUGGCUUUCCCUACAUUGGUCUAGUACACAUUAUUUAGCCUUCUUUACUGCUUUUUGUAAGCUAGGCAGGGUGAUUGAGGCCUGAUGAAUUGGAUUUUGUAAAGGGGAUCUACAAUCCUGGCCAAAAGGGUUUGGGACACCUCCCCUGUUUCAGUUGGUUUUGUAUGGAAUUUGCAGCUAACCUGCGAUACACACUCAUAAACACGGCCUUAACAAGAUUCCCCCCCCCCCUAAACAAAGUUGAGGUCCAUAAAGUGUACAAGGUAUAUAAAAGGUGUUUGACUUGUAACAUCCAACACUGUUCAGGAGGGAAGGGGGGUCAACAUGAAUUACAUUUUCCUCACCUAAAACGCAAAGUGUCCCAAACAUUUUGACCAGGAUUGUCCGUGCUACAAAGCUAUCUUCUUACUUAAAAGAAAAGGAAAUAUAGAGAUAUUUUCUUGAAUACCAGGUGGCAUAAGAGCAAAACAGAGCAGAAACAUUCAAAACCACUCAAACCUUAGAGAUAUAUGUUCGUGUGUAGUUAAAAAAAUGGUCAUUUGCGCCUUUUAUUUAGUACACGGAAAUUACGAUGAACUGCUACAACUAAGUAAUGUGGUUGCUUUUAAUCACAAUGACGAUUACAACAAGCAGAUCGCAGUCAGGUAAAACGACAUUGUCUAUAUCCCAGCACCUGUUACCUAGAAACUUUGGUAGCAAAGACAUUGAUUUCCCAAAGGAUUUUUCAUUCUUUAGGCAACAUGAGUCUUAGCAAAAGGCGGUGUCUGUGAGUUGAUGGAUCGAUCAAGCUAAAUGUCAGGUUAAUAUUUUACUUUACUGGCAAUUCUUCCAUAAUUUUUGGAAAAUAAAUACCACCGACAUUAUCCGGUGAAUUUGCCUCCCUGUCCGAGAUUUUUUGCCAAACUUACUCUGGACAAGAAAUAAGAACAUGAAACUUACCGCACAAUAUUUGCUCAACUCAUUGUACAUCACACAUGCAACAUGACAUUCUUUGACAGUGCUCCAUGGGAACUUGUCCUUUUUUUAACUCUAAGCAACUUUAUGACGAUCAUUUAAGCACAUAACUUUGACGAGAAAGCUAUUUUCUUGUAAUCUUUGAGGAAACCUUCAUCUGACAAGGUGAGAAAGUUAGCAAAUGCACAGUGCUCCACUCAUCAUUUAUUAAGAGUUUAUUAUAGGAAAAAGUUUUACUAACAGUUCAGUGGAGCACUGUUCAAAAUCCAAAUGGAAGAUGUUUAUUUCACAAUACUUACCGCAGUUUCUAUAGUAUAAAUUGUUGCUUUUCUUAUGAGGAAACAAAAAUUUGAUAGAAACCUCCUUUGGAGAAAAGGAAAAUAAUUUACAAGUGGAGAACUGUGGUACGUGACUAUGGAGCAUCGCGUGCACGGAAGCUCAGCAACUGAAAACAUGAAAACAAGGUUUCACAAUGAACUUUAUUCGAUGUAAUUGCAUCCCAAGACGUAACUUUCAGUAACAAGGUUUUUCAAGUUUACAACCAAUAUUUGAUUCAUACAUUUUUAGAUGCAAUGAUUGAAUUGCUUCGAUGUACAAUGAGACGUCUGAGACCAAAAUGUAUUAAAUCAAAAAAUAUUUAGAAUUCGUUAAAGGAUAUGGUGUUACAUUUGAAUACGCAGGGCCUUGUCCUGUUAUAUCUUUUUAACAAUAUGAAAGACAAUGUUUCAACGAGCUGUUUUUAAACAGUCUUUGAAGACGAAUUUAGUGCAGCUCAGGGCUAGGGCGGAUACCGAUGUAGCGGCUAAAUUCAACUUGGGAUGGAUCUUUAUCUGUAAAAAAGAGGGUGUUAAUGUUCCAGCUCUUACAAAACAACCUGGAAAUUUCUCUGUCAAAAAUAGAUGCGAAGAAUGCAUUGCUCGGAAAAUCACACCUUUGCUUUAAUCAAGAGCUACAAAAACAUACACUCUUUCCUCUCACUGGCUUGUAUUGACUCUACAUGGACUCACGCUUUUGUUUCUUCUCGCCGCACUGAUUUCCCGGUAGCUUCAUGGCUAGAUUUGUGGCUUCAUCUGAUUAUUUUCCUUCUCGAGUUUGCCGUUUUCAUUGAAAAUCCCUAUCUUCUACCAGUCUACCUGCUUGAAUCAGACUUAAAGCCCGCUGAACUAUAGCCGAGAUAUAGCCCAGAUGGUGUCCCCGCCUGUCCUUUCUCGUAUCAUUUGGAUGACAAGUUGGCCCUGUGGUGGUUUAUAAUAUCAUUUAUACUGUGAAUACUGUGAUUUUACAUGGUAUCUGUAUUUUAAGUGAAAAAGGGCCACUUGGAAUACUUUGUGGUAUAGUCAAAAUAAGAUUCACCACGUACAGAUGCAGAUGCCGAAACCAAGAAAAAACCUCUAAUCCAUUCCAAAGUUAAGACUGUAGGCUGUGUGAGCCCCAGAACUUGUAAAUAUUCAUCCGAACAUGCUAAAAUUUCAACACUUUGGACAUCUUUGUACUAGCCAAAUUUGAAAAAUGAAAACUAAUAACAUUUGGAAGUGAUUUCGGAAAAGUAACUUUUCGGACAAUCCUGGCCAAAAGGGUUUGGUAGGAUGGGGGUGGGGAGCAGGUAGAAAACUCUGACCAGAUCAAGGGAAAACAAUGCCUUUUGUGUAAUAAAGUCUGGUAGGUAUGUAAAUUUGGUGCUUGAGGAGUUUCUACCUGCCCUGAUUUGGAGGACUUGAGAUGAAAUCCAUCAGAAAAUUGAGUAACUUCAAUUUUCAGUGGACAAAAACCUUGUACCAGAAUAAUUUAAACAAUAUUGCAUUCUUUUUUACAUCAUCCUCUUGAUUAUGUAUUGAUAUAUUGUUAAGACAAAAAUCACUUGUCUCUUGUAGGAUUGACCCUGCAUUGUAAAAUGAAACCUUUGUUUGCUUUGUUUUCUUUUCGUCUCAUUUCACGCCAUGUAUUUUUCUAGUGAUCAUCUGGAGAGUGUACUUGUGAUCACACAUGCAUACAUUCUUUAUCUACAGAAAGGCAAAGAACUUAGAACUUAGUAAAAAUACUCCCAAAAAUGUAGAUUGCUAUUAUACGUGUUCAUCUGCGUUAUGGAACAAGCAUGAGGUCAAGAUGGCUGGAUAUCGGUCAAGUCCUUUUUUGUGUUUUUAUGGACCAGGUUAAAGUUGAGGUCGAUUAAAAGGCAAAAAAUAUCAAGGUUAAUAUCCAGUCAAAUUGACUGAACAAACUUGGUCAAAGAUGGCCAAAAAGAGAACUUCGUCUUGAAAGACCAAUGCAGGAAAUCUUGAGUGUGCAAGAUGGGCCUUGGGUAGCCGAUCAGAUUAAAAGAUUCACUUCAUUUUGCUUGCUCGCGGAUUCAGAGGUAUCAGUUAGCAUUGUGCAAUCAAUUGGGUACAUUUUUGUACCUUAAAAUGUUUAAUGACUUGAGUGUUGAAGACAGACUGAGGAAAUUUAUGUAUGAGGUCACUAUACUAGCAAUAUGAGAGUGUGGUCGUAAGCUCCAGGGUGAUAAAAGAAUAACAUGAAAGUGGAAACAUUACAUCUGUUCAAUAAUGGAUGAAUGCUGACCUUGUCAUUGAAAUCAGAGGAUUAUUAUUUUGCUGUAUGCAUUGAACAAGGUCUAUUAUUUAACAUUAUCGUAUCACAAGUAUUUAUUUUUGGUGCUACAGGGGUGCUAGGAACCAUAUCCCGCAUGGCAAAGAUGUGUGCCUUACGACUGACACCAACAAAGCUGUACUUUAUUCUGACUGAUAAUGCUGCUGUUGGAGGAGUGUCAAUCUGGUGUGAAUUAACGCAGGUUAAUAGCUAUUGAUAAACUCUGUAUGUCAUUUUGUGAGUUACAAGGAUUUAUCUGAUCCUUUCCAGCUUUGCUUGCUCUAAGUUAAACUUUGUGAAAUUGGGAGGUCCAACCCCCUACCCUUAGGCUUAUAUUAUAUACCAUAUUUUGCGAGAAAAGAUACCCCUUCUUGUAACCUUUCCGCUGAUUUUGUUACAUAUAGUUAUGGUGAGGCCUGGGACUCAUCUUGUGAAAAAUGAUUAGUCCCAGUCCAGAACCAAUGAGUCCCAGUUCAAAAGACAAUGAGUCCCCGGCCUUUUGAAACCACCUGUAGUUAAUCUGAAGACAGACUCCUAACUCGGUAUUGCAGUUUACUACUUAAAAGUAAAAAUAUACUCUUUCUAUUGUAAAGCACAACAAAGACCAAAAGAAAUACAGACUGUAAGCAUUGUUUACCAACAGCAACAAGAACAGCCACAGAAAUCACAUAAACAGGAUCAUGACUCUUUGCAUCCUAUGGGACACAUACCACAUUCAAGUAGAAUUUUAGUUUUCUGUCAAAUCUGUGGACUACAUUUAGAUCUUCUUGAAAUUGACAGGGAUUGAAAGGACUUGCAUCCCAUUCACAUUGAUGUUGAACCCUUCCACCCGCCCUACCCACAAUAACAGAAAAAAUGGCCAAUUUUAGGAACACAUUUGUUCUGCAAAUGUGUUAUAAAGUCUAUGCAUUCUACUCAGUAUUUUACCCUGUUAAUCCUCAGUAUCCACAUUUAAAAUCUCCAGACUUAUCUCCACACGUUACCUUGACGAAUUAGUGGGGAAAAUGUGCCGGGUUGUCAGAAAGUUUUGAAGUAGAUGACUGAGUUUUUUAAGCAGCCAGUCGAGGGAUAUUUUAUUUAAAAAAACGCCGUCUGUAAAAAAAUGCCAAACAUAGUAGCUGGCCAAUACUAACCAAGUAGGCGGCAAUUUUCGCUGGCAGCCGGCUACUUUUGACAACCCUGGAAUGUGAUAAAAGAUCAGAGCAUUUUUGAACUUUUCCUCUUGAUAAUGUAUUCAUAUUGUUAAGGUCAACAAAGUUAAUGCUGGUCACCCUAAGGACUUCAAGGGUUAAGCUCUGCAGAGGCCUCCUUUUGUCGUAGGGAGGCUAUUUUUCUAUUGGUAUAUCCAGUGGAAGCCUUUGCGGAGGAGAGAGGUUAAGUACCGAAAAGUUGGGCUUGCCAGGUUGAAAUGCAGAUCUACACCAGUACCGCUUUGAAGUCUUGUUCUCAACAAAUUGAGCUACCCAGUCUGCAUAGUUUGUAUGUAAAUGAAACAUGCAUUUUUGGUAGUUCUUUUGCAUAUUAACGUACACAUUAAUGUACAAUUGUAUUGGGGAACAGAAUGCAAAAUGCACUGUCACUCAGUUAAUAAAGUUCAGACUGUUUCUGCUCAGCAGCAUGGUUCCCUGUUGUGUUUGACAAUGUCCUUAAUAUGUAAAUGAUUUUCAAGACUGUUCUUCAUUUGUUUUUUAUUUCAGAGUAAUUUCUUUGAUGAGUACCGCAUUGAAGGCAAAGAUGAAACCAACAACAUAUAUCUUGAGUUGAUGCCAGAAAAUCUCACAAGAGCGAUGAAAUCAGCUGCCAGUGCACAAGCAGUGAAAAUAAAGCUGGCAAAGAAACAUACCCCAUGCCUGACAUUUGAGAUUACUUUGGUAAGCUCCAACAACAAAUUUUGUUACAAACUCAAAUGUUAGAUUCCAAGACAAAGAACUCAUUUUCAUUGUGACUGAUGUAUACAUUACAGGUCAAAAUUAAAUUCAGGUUAAAAUUUUUUAACCUAGGUUGAUUCUCAUUUUCCUUUUUCUCCUAGCCCUAAUUCGUGAAUAAUCAGGGUUAGGAGAUAAAGAGAAUUGAGAAUCAACCUAGGAUAAAAGAUUUUGACCUGGAAUGUAAUUUUUACCUGUAUCCUACAUGUAUACAUAAUGAGUGGGUUCUGUGCAAUAAGACCGUUGCAGGUUUGCUGAACAGGUGACCUAUCUCAAGUAACUUUUUAACUUGUUCAGUGCACAAGGGUCUGGGCAUGUCAUCCUCUAACAAAAUCAUUGACCAAGACAUGCCAGAAGUGGCCCCAACCAAGCAAAAUGUGAUCUAGCUGAUUGCCCAAAGGACAAGCUGGAAUUGAAGGUUUUUUAGCCCUGUCACGUAUGCCAAAGGUAAAGUGGGAUAUAUGACCUUAAAAAUUAUCAGAAACUGAAAGACCGUAAAGUAAAUCAUGGAUCUACCAAUUUUUAGUUUGUAAACUCGUAACAACUUGUUAUUUCAAUGAGGUUUCAGUUAUGUUAUGUGUAUCUGUUGAAAAAGUCACAGGACUGCAGACCCUGCAAUCAAGCAAAGAAACAUUAUAGCUGCAUGAUUACAACAUUCAUGAAAAUAAUUUUAGACAGUCAUCUGAAAAUUGGCUUUCUAACGUGAAUGUGAGCUGUUAUAAAACGUUGCAAUUUGACAGCUAUACAUUCAGUGUACUUGUGCAUACAGUAAGUGGAUGCCAAUAAGGCUGUCAAUAAAAUGCAGGUAGAUUACUUACUGACAACCAUGAAUUUGAGCAAAUACAAAAUGAAAGUGGUCUGAAAAGACUAGUGUAAUUUAAAUCAUUGGAAAGCAGGGGACUACGAAAAGAGUAAGGUCCUUAAAGACUGUUGAUCAUAUUUGAAGUUCUCUUUUUGUUUCACUGGGUAGAAAAAUUUAGUCUUCUAGGAGAAUCUAGCCAAGUCGAAAGCACUCCAUCAUUUGACAGUAGAUAUUUUAGCUACCCUCAUGUUUCUGACUGGAUUGUUAUUUUUCAGCCAUCCCUUACCAGUCACACAAGAAGUGUGGUACAUGAUGUACCAGUUGGUGUUAUUCCUCAGCGGAACUGGGAAGAAUAUGAAGAACCAGCCAUGCCUGAUUUUGAUGUGAGUAUUUAGUAUUGCAUUUUUUAGUUGGCUCCAAGACGACUCCAUGAUUAUUUUAGGCUCUCACACAAGAAAUAGCGUUUCUAGGUUUCACCAUUUCCCUUCCCUUAGCCUGCAUGGCAGGUGCAAAAACGGGGAUGGGGAGGAUGGGGAGUGAAAGAAAACCGUGAAUGGGUAAAGGUACUUUCCUUUCCUCCCUCCCCCCUCCGUUGACCACCCCUCCCCUCUCGAGCCCCGUAACAAAGGCUACCCUCCCCACAGAGGGCUUGAUUACCUGCCAUUUUUAUCCCUUUGUUUCUUCCUUCAUGCACAGUGUGUGGUCAAAGAAAAAGUGUACACUGGACAAUAAAAUUUUUCUCUGUUAAAUGCUAAGCAAUAAACAGAGCUUCGCAACAGUGCAACCAAAGAGGUUUCAUUUAUUCUUUCUUGUUUUCACUGAUAUGCUUACUCAGUGUUUGUUGUUAUUCAGGUAAGCAUCUACAUGCCAUCCAUGAAAGUGGUAAAAAAUGUAACUGAGAGAAUGAAGAACCUCAGCAAUUUUCUGGUCAGUGUUUGUAUUUCUUACUGAGUUGUAUCAAUUUAUAACUACUCUUAAUUUAUAGCGGAGCUUUCGCGCGCGAAGCGCGCGUGGCGGAGCCCCAUUGCUAAGAUAACUUGGUACCCUAUGAAAGCAAGAAAAUUUGGUUAUGACGUAGCUUACGAACGUUGUCCGUCCGUACACCCACCUCAUGUAAGCCGAUGCCAAAUGUCAGGUUAUUUUGGCGGGAAAGCGCAUGGCCGCUCGCGUCUUGUGAAGCAACAACUAAAGAGUCCAUAAAGACGAAGACAGAAAGCGGAAGUUGUUUCUGUAUUCUGUUGUCUAAAGUAUUAAGUUUAGAUUAAUUGUCAAGUCCACAAAUUUGGAAAACAGAGAAAGAGAAAGACAGAGAAAAAGAGAAAGUAAGGCGACAGGCUAGCGAAGCUCAACGACAAAAAGAGCUAGAGCGAGACAGAAAAAACAAAGGAGACAUUUUUUGUUGGAGGAACAACAUGAAAUUUUGUAGCGGCGGUGACAAAAUGAGAAAUGCUAGCGGCCACCUGGGUGAAAAUGAGCGACAGUGGAAAAAAAAGUGAACAAGAGCACGUAAGACAUUUCCUCCAUAAAACGUGUAACCAGAAAGCUUCUGGAAGUUUCACGUUGUAGUCGUGCAAAACAUGGGCAAAGAAAUGUACAAAGAAAGUGUGCUGCACGUGCAAAGUUGCUUUUUUGCUAAUUAGACCUAUUGUUGUUUUUUCACCGUUCUCGUUGCCAUCGCCGCUUAGCAUUUCACGAUUUUAUAUUUUGUUUGAGCAAACUAUAAAUAUUGUUGGGAGCUUCGCUUUUAGCCCUGGCUAAAUCUAUAUAUUAAUUUAUCCUACUUUUUUCCUUACAUGUACCGCAAUAACCCUACCCUCCAAAUAGAAUUUGCUCAGUUGUUUUAAAACUGUUUUUCAUUGGUAGAUACUCUCCGCCAAUCAGAAUGGUUAUAUGACUCUCGGAAUUGAGACUGACUCGGUAACAGUUAAGACCCAUUUCAAGCAUCUGGACACACCUACUUGGGGUAUGUGGACAAAAAAAAAACUUAAUCUAUAUGGAAUUGUGUACCUUCAAUUGAUAUUAAGCGGUCACCGUUGGGGAGUCGUGGCUUAUUGCCCACGUAUUACAGUUUAACCGUUUAAUAGAGGUUUGAUAAAAUUAAGUGUUAUCCAAGAAAAAUUAAAACGGUGAAAGAGCGAAAUAUCUAUCUCAUGACAAAUUGACUUCAAAGUAUUUCUACCUCUGCUUGUGAAACAAAGGGAAGAAAAAAUAAAAUCAAACGCCAUACACCGUGCAAGUGAAGACAUAAGCAAUAACUCUUUGAGACUUCGCCAAAGGUAACCGCGACUGCUUAAUACAGGUCAGUUUUACAGUAAUCAAGGGAAAUAAUUCAGGUGUCGGGAUUUGGCAAAUGACCGCUUCAUACAGGGUUGACUGUAGUAUCUAUCUAAUUGUCUCGGAUAAUGACUACCACACAGGCUGUCCAAACGUCACUCACCUCCCUUCAGAAAUGAAAAUGUGCCAGAGGUGGUAUAGUCGUCUUGUAUAAAAACGGUACUGACAGUCUACACGUAUCCGUUUUUGUUCGAAAACGGAGUUUUUUUCUCCAGUUUGGCCUUCCGUCCACACAUAUCCAUUGAAAGCGGUCACCGAAAACGUGUCUUAAAAAUCGUUGAAAACGCCGUUUUGCUGUACUCAAGUGGAUGGGUGAAAACAAAGUUUUGUGAAAACGAUUACAUGUACGUCACGCUGUUGGAUACCAGUAAAUGUGAAUGCUCCAAUCAAAGAUUGUACCGAACCGCUUUUCAUUCACUAUUGCGUUUUCGUGUGGACGAGCGAAAAUGAUUAAAAAAACGCAACAUGUGGACGACGAUUUUUGGAAGGCGGAAAUAAGUGUCAGUUUUCAAGCAAAUACAGAUACUUUAUAUUCAAACAAUUGGACCCAAAAUGAAAAAAAAAAACAACAACCGUGUAAUAAGAAGCUAGAGGUUGCUACUGUAUUUUACAUUUUCUGUAUAUUUGGUGGGGAAAAUUUUACUUUAAACGUAUUAUACGUUGCUGGGAAACUGCCUACCUACACCUCCCCUAAGCCAACAUUUUAAAACACUUACUUCUCACUUAGCUUAAGGCAAAAUUUUGGCUUAGGGGAGGGGUAGGUGGGCAUUUUCCCAGAAACGUAUAAUGAUCCAAAUGCAUUACGGAAAAGUCAGGUAAUAUUUUAAAACUGAUACCUUUGGCACCUAUGGAAUAAAAGUCGUAAAGGGCCUGCCAUGGUCGGCCCGGCCAGACCAGUUCCCAAGUUCGUAGAAAGAAUUCCACUAUUAAGACAGAUCAGCCAGAUCAAACUCUUCUUAAAUCAGACGCAAAGCUGUAAAAGAACUUCAGCUCUCUAAAAUGCCCGUUUUGUUGUCAAAAUAAAGGUCCUAUCUGCCAGUUCUGACUUUUACUAGGCGCUCGUAGUGAAACUGACGGGCAACAAAAACGUGCAACUUGCUUUACAACGUUGCUGAAAAACGAGUUGAAAAGCGAUGUUGCGCAUUUUACCACCCACGUUCAAACUGUAAAUUGUAAAUAUCUUAUUAUCCACUCCCCUCAGGUCUUUUCAGGCAUAAUUUACAACACUGGUUGGGGGACUUUGCCAGACUGCGUAGGUGCAGUUUACAAGUAAUGAAGGAAUGAGUAAUGAUCACCCCCAUACAUGAGUGUGAACGUGAGAUUGACCACUACACCAGGCACUACGUGCCGUACUCUUUACGAAGAGUGUGUGGGUUCUUUAACGUCCCACAGAUUUAUUACAUGUGCAAGGGCUUGUGAGACGAGGCCUACGGUUUAUCGUCCUUAUCCGAGAAGAAACCUGUUAACAACCUGAUUUGUUGCGAGACAGGUUUAAUGUGGAUGGUUAAACGCGCAACAUCGUUGUUCAACUCCAUUUUGUAGCAAUGUUGAAAAACAAGUUGCAUGUUCUUUGUUGCCCGUUUUACUGUACCUUGGUGGAGGUAAGUUUAUUUGCCAGUGAUUUUUAAAAUCUGCUUAUUGUUUAUUUGAAUUUGUAGAGGGCGAUUCUUCGCAAAACCACAACCAUGAUCCUGACAAGAUGGCAGAGGCUAGAGUCGAUAUAAAAAAGUUGGCGACUUUUCUUCACGGGCAGCAAGUUAACCCAAGUAAAGUCAUAUGCAGUAAGUAUAUAAUAUUUUUUCUAUCGUUGAAUGCCGUGGUUUACAACUCGAACUUCCAAUCUGUACGUUUCUACCAUUACAGUGACGGUACCUGCUCGAAUGUGUAGGGUCCAAGCUUAAGGGCGGAUUUCCAUUUUCGCGUAAAAUUUACGUACGUAAAUAAAAUUGAGGCAAUGUAUGAAAGGUCGCGCGUAAACGUUAAAGUUGAGCGAGGUUCAUCUUUUACGUUUACGAGCGACUCUUCAUACAUUGCCCCAUUUUUACGAGCGUACGUACGAAAAAAUUACUGUGGAAAUCCAUUUUUGCCGUCAAGCCAGCUUCGGCCAAGUCUUGCUGUCACGCUACUUCGGAGCCUUGCUGUCACGUUACGUCGUUCCCAGGUCCUAAUAGGUUGAUAUUUAUCUGCGCUUAUAAUUUUUUAUGAGGAACGUCACAUCUUUAUCACUCCAUUGGUUUUCACCCCACUCUGCAUUAACGAGCCUAUUACAAGGUUCAAUUAGAAGGCGUCAUUCAGCCAGCUAGAAAAUCUGACAGUGAAAAUUUAAACUUUGUCUCUGUUGUUAUUUUUUUCUUAGAUAUCGUCCAUGGGAAAGCUGUUCAGUUCCUUUUGCUUCAUGAAGACCUUUCCCUUCAAUAUCUCAUUCCAGCUGUUUCUCUUUGACGCUGAUUGUAGUAAGGAGCAGAAGUUCACUUAAAGUGUUCACCAAGUCACAGCU